AUGUUGGACAUUAACCAAUUUAUCGAAGAAAAGGGAGGUAACCCAGAGCUAAUCAGACAAUCUCAAAAGGCUAGAAGUGCCAGUGUCGAAAUCGUUGAUGAAAUCAUCGCUGAUUACAAAGAUUGGGUCAAAACAAGAUUCGAAUUGGAUGAAUUAAACAAGAAAUUCAACAAGGUUCAAAAGGACAUCGGUUUGAAAUUCAAGAACAAAGAAGACGCUUCUGAAUUGUUAGCCGAAAAGGAAGAGUUGACCCAGCUCAAAAAGAAAUUAACUGAAAAGGAACAAGAAGAAGAUAAUGGCUUGAAGAAAAAGAUCUUCCAAGUCGGAAACAUCGUUCACCCAUCCGUUGUUAUUUCCAACGAUGAAGAAAACAAUGAAUUGGUUCGUACUUGGAAACCGGAAGAAUUAGAGACUGUCGGCCCAAUCGCUUCUGUAACUGGCAAGCCAGCCAGCUUGUCUCACCAUGAAAUCUUGUUGAGAUUGGACGGAUAUGAUCCAGAUCGUGGUGUGAAGAUCUCUGGUCACAGAGGUUACUUCUUGAGAAACUAUGGUGUUUUCUUAAACCAAGCUUUAAUCAACUAUGGUUUACAUUUCCUAGCUGCUAAGGGCUACAUCCCAUUACAAGCGCCAGUUAUGAUGAACAAAGAAGUUAUGGCCAAGACUGCCCAAUUAUCUCAAUUUGAUGAAGAAUUAUACAAAGUCAUUGACGGUGAUGAUGAAAAAUAUUUGAUCGCUACUUCUGAACAACCUAUUUCCGCUUACCACAGUGGUGAAUGGUUUGAAAAGCCACAAGAGCAAUUGCCAAUCCAUUACGCUGGUUACUCUUCUUGUUUCCGUAGAGAAGCUGGUUCCCAUGGUAAGGACGCUUGGGGUAUCUUCAGAGUUCAUGCUUUUGAAAAAAUUGAACAAUUUGUCAUAACCGAACCUGAAAAAUCUUGGGAAGAGUUUGAAAAGAUGAUCUCUUACUCUGAAGAAUUCUACAAGUCAUUAAAGUUGCCAUACCGUAUCGUUGGUAUUGUCUCUGGUGAAUUAAACAAUGCCGCAGCCAAGAAGUACGAUUUGGAAGCUUGGUUCCCAUACCAAAAGGAGUACAAAGAACUGGUCUCUUGUUCAAACUGUACUGACUACCAAUCCAGAAACUUGGAAAUCAGAUGUGGUAUAAAGAAAAUGGGUGACAGAGAAAAGAAAUACGUCCAUUGUUUGAACUCUACCUUGGCUGCUACCCAAAGAGCUUUGUGUUGUGUUCUAGAAAACUACCAAACUGAAGAUGGUUUAGUUGUUCCAGAAGUCUUGAGAAAGUACAUUCCAGGUGAACCAGAAUUCUUGCCAUUUAUCAACGAGCUCCCAAAGAACUCUACUUCUAGUAAAGACAAGAAAAAGAAAAAUUAG